AUGGAAAAUGAAUGUCGUAAUGCUGAUGCAAAGAUGGGAAAUGGGAAAGAACACCCGUACACGCAAACACCAUGUAGCUCGAAACCCCCAUACACGGACAUAUUAUCAAGCUGUCCAGAUUACCUGCAUGGUUAUUAUGGAAUCAAUGUUGGGGAAACUAAAGCACCAUGUACAUCCUCUACAGUUAAUGAAAUUAGGGAGAAUAGACCAACUCGUGAAGAAACUGAAGAUUGUAGUGCCGGGACAUGUCAGAAUGUUGAUGUCGAUGGUGAUGAUGUGAUUGAGGAGCCAAAGAAGGGGAUGGAGUUUAACUCAUUUGAAGAUUUAUUGAGUUAUUAUAAGGAUUAUGGUAAAAAAUGUGGGUUUGGUGUGAUGACAAAAAGGACUGAGAGGGCAGAAGAUCAGUCUGUUAGAUAUGUCACCCUUGCUUGUGCUCGUGGUGGGAAGGCUCGUAAUAGGACUUUCAAUGUCGCCAACCCACGUCCGACAGGAAAGACCGAAUGUAAGGCAAAGAUUAAUGCCUUAAAUUAUGAUGGAAAACUUCGGUUGACUACGGUUCAUAAUGUCCAUAACCAUGGCCUUAGUCCAAAGAAAUCUCGCUUCUUUCGAUGUAAUAGAGAAGUGAGUGACGCCGUCAAAAGAGUUCUAGAUACAAAUGACCAAGCGGGUGUCCGGUUGAACAAGAGUUUUGGAUCUCUUGUUGUUGGUGCGGGCGGGUAUGAGAAUCUUCCGUUUUUAGAAAAGGAUUGUCGUAAUUACAUCGAUAAGGCAAGACAUUUACGACUAGGCGCAGGUGGAGCUGGUGCUCUGCGAGAAUAUUUUUGUAGGAUGCAGUACAAAAAUCCUGGGUUCUUUACAUUGAUGGAUUUAGAUGAUGAUGGAAGGUUGAAAAAUGUCUUCUGGGCCGACCCCCGUAGUAGAGCAUCUUACCAAUAUUUUGGUGAUGUGGUUACAUUUGACACGACCUACCUGACGAAUAGAUAUGGGAUGCCGUUUGCACCAUUUGUUGGUGUAAACCACCACGGACAGUCAAUUCUAUUGGGAGCAGGCUUGAUAUCUCGGGAGGAUACGGAGACGUUUGUGUGGUUAUUCCAGACUUGGUUGCAGUGUAUGGAUGGUAUAGCUCCUAAAGCUAUUAUAACUGACCAAGAUAGAGCGAUGAAAAAUGCCAUUGCUAUUGUUUUCCCAACGACCCGACAUAGAUUUUGCCUAUGGCAUAUACUGAAGAAAGUCCCUGAAAAGCUUGGUUCUUAUGGUUCCUACAAAACUGGGAUGAAAAAUGACUUGAUGAAAUGUGUGUAUGACAGUCAGAGUGUUGAAGAGUUUGAAACAAGUUGGGAGAAGUUAAUUACCACGUACAAUUUGCAGGAAAAUGCGUGGUUGCAAAGUCUAUACGCUGAGCGUCAGUAUUGGGUUCCACCAUUCUUGAAAGACUACUUUUGGGCUGGAAUGAGUACAACGCAGCGGAGUGAGAGCAUGAAUGCCUUUUUUGACGGGUAUGUUCAUGCUAAGACCAACCUGAAAGAAUUUGUCGACCAGUUUGACAACGCGUUGAAAAAGAAAAUAGAGAAUGAAAAUGCUGCGGACUUCCACUCUUUUAGUGUCACCACCCCCUGCAUAUCUCGAUCUCUAAUUGAGAAGAGGUUUCAAGAUUUGUAUACGAAUUCUAAAUUCAAGGAAGUACAACAGCAAGUUACUGGCAUGAUCGAUAUGAAUCCAAAGUUACAUAUGAGUGAUGGUGCAGUCAUGACUUAUAUGGUAAAAGAUGAAGUUCAUGUGGCAGAAUAUACUAAACUGGUUACAUAUUUUGUGGACUUUAGUGAAGAACAAUCACAGGCACAUUGUUCUUGUGGAUUAUUCCAGAUGAGGGGGAUAUUGUGUAGGCACAUCUUGGCCGUAUUCAGAUGCAACGAGAUUACAACUUUGCCAGAUAGCUAUAUUUUAGAUCGCUGGAGGAAGGAUAUCAAGAGGCGAUACACGUUGAUCCACAGUAGUUACGAUGGAGGGGAAAAACGGGCAGAUUCUAAUAGAUAUUCUGAGUUGUUGAAUAUCUGUUAUCAGAUGAUUACUCUUGCAGCGGGUUCGAAAGAGCAUAGUCAGGAUGCGAAAGCUAAGUUAUAUGCCAUGAUUGAUUUGUAUGGUACCAACCAAGAACCCCCAUCGAUGACUCAAAUGGGUUCCAAUGUGCAUUGUACGACUGGGGAUGCAAUUACUGUCGGUGGUUCUGGGCCAGUACGCAGUCCAAAUGUUGUGCGUGGGAAAGGCAGACCCCCAUUUCUGAGGAGAGCAUCCCGGAUGGAGAAAGAUAUGCGAAAGUCCUUGGCGAAAGCGAGGAAAACACCAGGAAAGGGGAAACACAAAGAGCGAGAUGGAGGAGAUACACCCAUCUUGAACACACAGAGAUCUUUAUUUGGCCAUUCAGAGAUAGAUAUUGUUGGAGCUGGAUUAGUGGAGGUGGUUCCAGAAAGCACAGCUUUGGACUUUAGUGGAACCCAGGUUCGAACUCCAGUGCUUCAAAGUCAAGAAAGUAUUUUGCUUGGGUUGGAUGAAUCACAACCCCGUGAUUGA